GGGUAGUUGACGCCAAUACAACAAGUUAUCUCACUCUACUUGGUUCAAUCCAUCGCUGUUCGUUAAGCUCCUCCAAAUCAUAGUCUAAUCAUAAUGGGCAACGGACAUUUACACAUAGAUCAGCCUACUCCAGCUGAACUCGCCAUAGUUCGCAGAACCUGGGAUCAAGUUUCACAUAUCCGUCUAGCGGAUGACGAUGCCAACGUAUCAUCCUCUCUGGCAUUUGGCUUAUGCUUUUACAACGCAAUAUUUCGAGAAGACCCUGAUCUGCAAAAACUUUUCCCAAAUAUCAUGAAGCAAGCAAGAGCGUUGACAGGCAUGAUCUCCUACAUCACGAAGCCAGCAGAUAGUCUUGGUGAACUGGAGGCAAGUAUGAGAGAGCUUGGAUCUCGACAUGCUUUCUAUGGAGUCAAAAUCGAAAUGUUCAGAGUGGUUGGUCAAGCUUUCGUUGUUGCUUUGGAGGAGCGACUUGAGGAUAAAUAUGAUGCUGAAAUCGGGCGAUGCUGGCUUAAGGUAGGCAGACCACUUUGUUAUCUGAAUUACUUUUGGUAACCCUACUCACGCGUAUCCUCUCACAAUAGGCAUACAUCUUCGUUUCACAUAAUAUGAAAAUGGGUUUGGAAUCGCAGUUGAACUGGGAAGAAGAACGCAGAAUACCAACUCAGCAUGAACACGCUCAUAGCAGCCACAGCAGCCACCACCAUCAUUCAGAUAAACCACAUUGCUCUAUACAGUAAAAA